UGCAUUUCAUUUUGCACCCUACAUUUGGUAAAUAAAUAAAUAAAUAAAUAAAACCCCAAAACUCUUUUUUAGAGAAUGGUUUCUUCAGAGAAUUUUCUUCUCCAUAACUAAUAAAAAAGGCAGAACAUGAGUACAUUUUAAGCAAAAGUCUUAUCUGUUCAUUUAAUAUUAACAAAUUGAAAUGAAUUAUUUUAAUGCCAAUUAACUUGUAGCUGUCCCUUAUUAAUAGUAAUUUAGAUUAAUAUUUCUUGGAAGCAGGAACAUUGGGCUCAGUGUUACGUGCCUGGAAUAUCAACUGGAGAAGAAAACAUCACUUUGAGUCAUGAGGAGUUGAGCUCUUUCCUUUUUUUCUUCAUCUUCAUCUGAGCUCUUGUUUUUUUCAGUCAAAACUCAAAAAGUACAUCUGGGUGACUGUCUCUAAACGUUGCCAGCUUAAAAAGACAACAGGAUCAUAUUAAAAAGGCUUAAAAACUAUCCCAUAAAAAUUGGAUUUAAUGAUUUCUCCAAAGCCUCCAGUUUCAGAGUCAUUAUAUUGAUAUAUAGAUAGAUAACUAUCUUUAUAAGACUCCUAACAAUCAAGAAGUGUAACUAUUCUCCAUAUUCCUAGCAUCUUCUUAUUUCAAUUAAAACAAGCCAAUAGAUCAAAAUACAAUUAAAUUAAAACUAUUCUACAAAAUCCACCUUCCUAUAAGGUCUGGCUGAUUAAACUAGAGUAUAAUUAAUAAUACAUUUUCUUACCCACUGAUUCUUCCAAAGGAGAUUUAGCUUGGGAGAGCAGAAAGAAAACCCAGACAUCUGAAAUUAAAUAUUAUUGCUGGAAAGGGUGAAAGGUGGGGGAGGGGGAGCGGAAUUAACCAAGGCAGUUGACCGUGGCUUUGAAAGAAAGAAAGAAAGAAAGAAAGAAAGAAAGAAAGAAAGAAAGAAAGAAAGAAAGAAAGAAAGAAAGAAAGAAAGAAAGAACAUUUUUCCUCUAUUAUAAUGGGAUAUUUUAGUCUGAAAAGUUGCCUUAUAGGUUAUCAAUAAAGCCACUUUGGGAUUUCUAUUAACGAGUAUCCACUUGAUCUAUACAGAAAGUUUGUUGCGUUUCAUUACUAAACUCUCUCUCUCUCUCUCUCUCUCUCUCACACACACACACACACACACACACACAAGUAUGUUCAUCCAUUUUCAUUGCAAAAGUAAUUUCAAACUUCAUCGGCUAAAUGAAGAUGAAACGGUGUAUUAUGGUUGGAUACAGAAGAAGGGGAGGGAGGGAUGCUCUAUUUAAAAAAAAACAACAACCCUCACAGCAAAAAGAUGCAUGCAAGCGAACUUGGGAGUGUGAGAAUAAAAAUGGACUUACCUUGAGCAUCCCAGCAGAGAUUCCAGGAGGGUCUGGUGGGGUGGGCUGGGGCUGGGCUGGGUUGGGGGGAGGGAUGAAGUCAUGUCCAUUUCUCGCAGCCCAGAGAGAGAUCUGGUGCAGAAACUGUUUCCUAUCAUCCCUCUUGUGUGUUUGCCCAGAGAGAGACUGAAAGUUACAAAUCGCUGCCAUUAACUCAUCAAACAGUCCCUCUCCCAGUGAACCUUGGCCAUUGGCCAAGAGCCGGCCACGUGAUCCCUCCUGCCACUGUAUCGAAUUUCAGCUGGCUUUUCCUCGCGCUCCGGGCCGGGGAAGUGCCCCAUUUGACAUGGUGCAAGCCGGGCCAGGGCGCGGGACAAGGGGGCUAGCGCGGGUGGGGGCCAGCACAAUGAGAGGAGGAUGAACCCUCAGCCAGAGCUGGGCUGGGGGGGAGAGAGCAGGUCGGGCUAUGCAGGGACCUGGCCCGGGGAGCAGAGACUCCAGCAUUUGCCGCGGAGGCCGUGCAACAUCCGCUGUGCUGGGGACGAUCGCUGCGUGCUGGGAAGGGAGCUCCCAAUUGCAGGGCCCCCCCCGCCGCAUCUCCCCUCCCCGCCCGGCCAGCCCCAUCCUUUCCCCGCUCCCUCUCGUCAUCCCGCGGCUGGGCCCAGGCCCCUUUACAACCCCAGCCAACCUCCCGGCGCCGCUUUCGCCUCCCCAGGUUAUAACUCAUCCUGCUGCAGCCCCUUCCCACCCAGUUCUCAUGACCCCGGCUUUCCUGGGGGGAGCCUGCCCCCCUCCGCCGCCGCCGCCUACCCAGCUUGCCUUAUUGGACCCCGCUCCGGGGGUCGGGGAGCGGAUCGGUACCACGCCUGUAGCCAGGACCCCCCCAGCUGUAACUCUCUGGUGGUGCCAGAAGAUAGAGGGGACCUCUCUCAGGAUGUUUACGGUGACACGAAAACUUUUGAGUGGAUGAGAGUCAAAAGGAACCUUCCCAGAACAGUGAAAUCAGGAGACUGUGGCUUUGCUGGGGAGAAAAACGCAGUCUCUCCCAGGACAAACUUCAGCACCAAGCAGCUGACCGAACUGGAGAAAGAAUUCUACUUCAACAAGUACCUGACCCGGGCCAGGCGGGUUGAGAUCGCCUGUGCCUUGCAGCUCAACGAAACCCAGGUGAAGAUCUGGUUCCAGAACCGCAGGAUGAAGCAGAAGAAAAGGGAGAGGGAGGGUUUCCCUGAGGGGUCAGCUGGCUGCAAUGGACCGGAGUCCUCCUCUGACAAAUCAGACAUCACCUCCCCAGCUACCUCUCCUAGCAGAAGUAACGAGGCUCCCACGCCUCCCAUCUGACUGAGGCUCUUGUUAGAACUUCUGUUCUGAUCUUGGGCAGAGAAACAGAAAAGAGACUUUCCCAUCAGAUCCACUCAGCCCCCUGCAUUCAUCUUGCUGGGGGAGAGAGAAGGGUGCAAUGCUUUGCAAUGGACUUGGGGAUGAAAACACCCACCAAAACCAUGUGCAGAGACUUCCACACUCACCACCAUGACCACCACCGAUAGCACAGGACCAGCAUUGUGCUGUUAAAUCGGUGUCCUUCCAAUAGAUGCAGAUGCUAGAUUAAUGGAUGCCAUGCUAAAAAAAAAAGGGGGUCACUUUCCCUUCCAAAUUCGUAGAGCAGAGGUGAAUAGAAAGGGCCAAAUAUUUUUUUUCAAAACCAUGAACUUUUUACAAAAAAAUGCAGACAACAAAAAGUUUUCACACACUCUUGAUUCUCUGUGAGUAAACUGGACGUUUUUUCCACUAAAAGUUUCAGUUACAUUUUUAUUCACAAUACAUUUCGACUUUUUCCACAAAAAGCUUCUACAACAUCUUUAGUCACAAAAAAGAUUAGAUUAAUUUUUUUCACAAAAAGGAUCAUUCUUCAUGGAAGGUUUUGAUGAACUUUUUCUACUAGAAGUGUUGACAAAUUUUAUUUUGACACAUUAUUUUCCCCAAAAAGUUUUGACAUGAGCCUUAUUCACAAUGAGUUUUGAUGCAAUUUUUCCCCCACAAAAAUUCUUGACAAAAUUGUUUUGUGGGAACUUUCAAUGAACUUUUUUUUCAUGAAAAGUUUCACCAUUUGUUUUUGUGGUUUUUUACCAAAUGGUUCAAUUACAUGUUUUCCACAAAAAGUUCUGACAACAAUUUGGGGAAUAAUUUUCAUAUUUGAACUCUAAUUCCAAAUGUUCCUAUUUCACUGAGCCCUUUCAGAAGGAACUAGAGCCAUUAUCUCCUGGGAGUAAUUAUUUUAGAGAUAUGUAAUACAGUUACAUACCAUUUUGGUGAAAUUUCUAGGGAGAAUAAUGCUCUUCAGAAGUAUUUUUAAGACCAGGACAUUUUUGCUGAACUCAGCAUUCUGGCCACAGACAGCCAUUCUAGCCAAGGAUGGUUAUCACAGUUUCUUGAAUGCCAUCUCUAUUCUUGUGCCCACACAUCUAAAUGAUACCCUAGUGGGUGAGUUAACCCUCCCUCUGAUGUGAUACUAAAGGGGCAGAAAAAGCCCGGUCUCAAGCCACUGAAAUCAAUGGAAAAAAUCUAGUGGUCUUUAAUGGACUUUGGAUCUAAUCCAUAUGAAACAAGUUAUAUGCAGUAUAAUCAGUGGGCCUACACAGAUAUUUGAUCAAGAAAAUAUGAUGUUUCCCCCAUCUUUUAAAUGUGCUUUCCUAGGCUAAAUGCACCUUCAGCACAAAUGGAUAGGAGAGGAAAUGUGAGUUCAAAAUCAGGCUUAGAAAUAUAAGAGACAUGGUAAUUAUGCUAUAAAUAACCUCCUCAGUCAGUAAAAGCUUAGAAGUGUAUUAUUUAUUUUCACAUUUCCGAGGUUCUUCAUUAACAUUUAAAUCUUCUAACAGCUGGGAAGAAACACACUUCAUAUUAAAAGUGGAUUUAAUUUAUAGCAAAGAGUAAAAGCAACAAAACAAAUGCAAAAAUCAGGGGUGUUGUCACAGAACUUUGACAGGACAGUGGUGAUGGGCUGGAGAGAUGGGAAUAGUUGCCUUUUAAACUUUAAUAAAGGAUAAAAUGGAGGCCAACAUUUUAUCAAGAACAAACAAUAAGAAGUGUUAUAAUAACCCUAGGUAAUGUUAGAGCCACUUAUGCUGAGACAAAGUUUGCACACAGUGCCUCACUUUGGAGAAAUAAUUGGUUCAUUUUCAUCACCGUGUUUUAUUAUUAUUAAUAAUUAUUAUUAUUAUUGAUGUUUUACUAUCAAAAUAUAUUUGAGAAAUGCCUUUUGUCCAUGGAGAAUACUGGUUUAUUUUCACUCGGAUCAUAUAUUACAAGAGGCUAACCCAAUGAAAGGACUUUAGGUGGCUGAAAAGUACAUUUGAUUUAAAAAUAUACACAGCAUUCUUCUUCAACAGCCGCUGGAUUUAUACCAAAUGUUCUGCUAACCAAACUUUCCCUCGGUCUUCCUUGCCACUCAUCACUGAAAGGAUUAAUGGGGUGGUGGUGGGGUUUUAACACCUCUAAAUAAUACACCCAUCAGUGGAAUUUCAGGCAGGACAAUCCCUAGAAACUGUUGCCUUUUUAAUCGGAUCUUUAAAUUUGCAGUUCACUCCAUUUUGCUGGCAAAAAAAGAAAAAACACACAUGAAACAAUAGCUAAGGAACCAAAUAUGCUAAUUUGCCACCAAUGCUAUUAUUUUGUCUUUCCUUGUUGCAAAAUUCUAAUCACACUUUGGAAAUGAGCUGUGAGUUGUUCACUAAAGUACUCAUGUUGAAUUAGGGUUGCUGCUGUGUUUUAAAUUAUUUUUCCUCUCAUUGCUAUGUAACUAAACUUUUAUCUCCUUGCCUGUUUAAAAAUUCUCCUAAUUUGUUAUUUUAAAUUACUCCAUGUGGAAGUCCUCCUUUUCUUUUUGCGAAUACAGACUAACACGGCUGCUACUCUGAAAGGUAAAUUCAGACAUUUCGGUGAAACUGCAAAAUGUCUAGAAUCAACAUAAGAAAGAAAGAAAAGUUUUAUUUAAAAUGUUUAGGGAUUGCAAGGUUCAGUUAUGACCCCAAUCUAAAACUGGCACAUAUUCCUUUAAACCAAAGAUGUAUAGUGAAUCCAGUUAAAUGCAUGGAACAUGAGACUUCUUUUGACAGUGGAGAAUAUUUAAAAGGCACGUGAAAAUGAAGGGAGCUAUUGCAAAAUGUCUACCUCUUAUUUGCCGGGACUAUCAGAAUGUAUGCAGUGUUGCUGUAGCAAUGUCAGUCGCAGGGUAUUUGAGAGACAAGGUGGGUGAGGGAAUAAUUUUUUGUGGAGCAACUUCUGUUGGUGAGAGAGACACGCUUUUGAGCUACAGAGCUCUUCUUCAGGACCUCUGUAUAGCUCGAAAGCUUGUCUGUCUCACCAACAGAAGUUGGCCCAGUAAAAGAUAUUCCCUGACCCACCUUGUCCCUCAGGACUAUCGGAAGGACGAUAUGGAUUUAUUUAUUGAUUUAUUUAUUUUCUUUCAAUAUGAAGUGGAAUGUGUGUUGUGGUAGGGAGGGGAAAUGGAUAUGUGAAUGGAUAACAUUAAAAAUU